UAUUUAAACUACAGUCAGACCUGGACAGCAAAACCUUUAUCUUUUAAGUUAUAAAUUAUCUAAAUUGAAUCAUCAGAAACUUACAAUAUCUUUACUACUAUGCAUUUUGUAUCCAGCAGACCACAGUGGUCUCCCCCUUUGCUUGGUACAGUGGUAUGUUCCAGGGAUGUUGGUUGAGUCCAUGCAGUGACUCAGCCUACAUGCAGACUGUGACUGUCAGCAGGACAGAGACACAGAUCACUCAGAGAUCACAGCUGAUCACAGAGGAUGGCGGCCCAGCAGAAAGGAGAUCUAUCAUCAGCAGAGAGGAAGAUCCUGCAGGUCAUCGCUGCAGGUGACGUACAGGAAGCUGCCCAGCUGCUGGCCAGUGAAGAAGUACGAGUCAACUGUUUGGAUGAGUAUGGCAUGACUCCCCUGAUGCAUGCAGCCUAUAAGGGCAAGGCGGACAUGUGUCGUCUGCUGCUGCAGCAUGGGGCCAACGUCAACUGCAACCAGCACGAAUACGGAUACACUGCUCUCAUGUUUGCUGGCCUGUCAGGGAGGACAGAUAUCACCUCCAUGAUGCUGGAUGCAGGCGCAGAGACAAACCAAGUGAACUCUGUGGGUCGCACUGCGGCUCAGAUGGCAGCGUUUGUUGGCCAGCACGACUGUGUCACAGUGAUCAAUAACUUCUUCUCGCUCGCAAAGCUGGAGUUCUACACCAGGCCACAUGGGCUGGAGAGGGAGCCCAGGCUGCCCCCCACACUGGCGGGCCCCCUGCACAGGAUCAUCAUGACCACCAACCUCAACCCGGUCAAGAUAGUGUUGCUGGUGAAGGAGAACCCUGUGCUGGUGAACGUGGCAGCUCUGGAGAAGUGUCACCAGGUGAUGGACUUGCUGUGUGAGCAGUGUGUGAAGCAGCAGGACAUGAAUGAGGUCCUGGCGAUGAAGAUGCACUACAUCAGCUGUGUGCUCCAGAAAUGCCUGGCCUUCCUGCAGAAACGAGAUGACAAGCUGGACGCACUUGUCAAGAGCUUGUUGAAGGGGAGAGACAGCGAUGGCUUCCCUCAGUACCAGGAGAAGUUCAUUCGGGACUGUAUCAGGAAGUUUCCUUAUUGUGAGGCCACACUGCUUCAGGAGCUGGUGAGGAGCAUAGCACCGGUAGAGAUUGGAAACGACCCCACUGCGUUCUCGGUGUUGAACCAGGCCAUCACUGGUCAGAUGGCGUUUGUAGAUGCUAACUACUGUGCUACGUGUGGGGAGAGGGGAGCAGACAAGAGAUGCUCCCUUUGUAAAGCAGUGACUUACUGUAGCUUAUCGUGCCAAAAGCUCCACUGGUUCGCCCAUAAAAAUAUGUGCAGGUGUCUACAGGAGCAGGAUGCUGACCUGGAGAAGGAUUCUCCAAAGCUCAAAGAACUGAAAGAUGAUGAGAGCGACCUGGUGAUGGAGACAGCCAACUUCCUGCAGGAGCUGUGUCUGCGGGCGGAGGAGCAGGUGGCUGCUGCUGGAGGCUGCCCUGCAGAGCUCCGUGCCUUCCCCCCCCCUCUACUGAGGGACCUUCAUUCACCCAAGACUGAGGCAACAGCCCAACAGGGGCCCUGAAGGAGGCCUGUGAAUUUUCACAAAAGUUAUAAAUGGCUGAACAUAAACCAUCUUAGCAAUAACAUGCUCCAGUGGCAGCUGCAAUAAGUAGAGGUAUUUUCAAAAUGUAUAAUAAGAAAUAUAAUAAAUUCAUGCUAAAUCUGAUCAGGGAAUAUGAGAAGCAUAAAGUAUAAUGUUGCUAUUUCAAGCAUUUUCUGGGUGGAACAGUUCAGUACUGUAAGGAGUCCAUUUGGAUUCAUAUUAAUAACCUCAACAAUUGUAUCAAAACAUCUUUAAAAUGGUGACUUCUUUCUCCUGUUUUUCGUUCUGUAAUGUUAUGAUAUUAUCAUUUUCUUAGCAAGAAGCCUCAGAACAGACUAAAUGUGCAUGUAGACCGAAAGGUCCGUCAUAUCAAUAAGGACAUCAGAAGAAUAAUGUCCUCCAUUUUUGUCCCAAUUAAGGUGUUGAACAGCUGGCUUUUUCGGUUUUAUGAUAAGGUAGAGUUGUUAAAAUAAAAACUAGAACCUGGUCCUCCUGUUCCUUCCAACCUUUAACAGCAGGGGGAACCGCUCAGUUCGUGUUGGGCCGAGGACCUUUGUUCCACAUUUCUCUCUCUCUCUUCACUUCCUGUAUCUCUUUACUGUCACUACCUAAUAAUGGCCUAACAUGGCAAUACAUAAGGAACUCUUCAGAACCUAACAUUAUUUGACCAUUAGCUUGCCUUGGUGGUAGAGCAUUCUCUAUACUGGUAAGAAUGAAUGAUGACAGACUGUUGGUUACCAUGUGAUUGAGUGAGCCCAGGGCAUUAGAGACCAUCGAGAUAUUAAUGUGCAUCAUUUGCAAUACAACACAUAAUAAUGUGUCAGUUAAUAACAUAAAAGGUUCAAAAUGCCAUAGAGUGUGCUAUGUGCAAAAUAUAAAUAAUCAGGUUGUGAACCGCACAGUGGUGUAAUGUGACAAAGUACAUUUACUCGAGUACUGUACUGAAGUAUUAUUUUGAAAUGAUAAUUUCCUUUUUAUUUGACCUCUACUCCACUUCAGAGUAAAGAUUGUACUUAUUAUUAUAGUUACCAGUUAUAUUCUACAUAGAGAAACGUGCUUUCAUGAUACAAUGCAGUACUAUACUACUUAUCUAUCUUUUAAUAUAUCAAAUCAAACAAAUUGGCUCAAUUUUGACAAACUACAAGAUUAAAAAGCUUGUACAGCUCAUUCGGCUGACAAUACUCCUGUACUUGUAUUUUUAACUUUAACUUAAGUAAAAUGUUGAAUUCAGGAUUUCCCCUUGUAAUGGAGUAUUUUGAGUAAAGGACAGGAUCUGAUUACUUUAUCCUCUGAAACUGCAGUGUACACAGUUGUCUUUAGACAUAAGCCAUUGCAUAUAUAUACAUAUAUAUAAAGUAUGGUAAAGUAGGAAAACACGUUGUUUAUUUCUGUGUUUAGGAUACGACACAGCUUUGUAAAAAUAGUCCUUCAGUCACAGCUACACUGUGUUCUGUGUGUCAUCUUGGAAAUGCUGGUAUUUUUUGAAGUAAUGUGCAUUAUAUAUUUUGUGGUUUAUGUUUUUUGUUGUUAAAGUAUCCACGAUCAUUGUAGUAAAAUUGUAGAAUUGAAGAAUGUAAUAUUGCUUUUCUAAUGAUGAAUGACGUUUGCCUUCAUCCCAAGGACUGUUCCUGCUCAGUGUCAGGUUAUUGGGGUCAAGUCUGCCACAGAGAACACACAUCUUAUCAAUGUAAUAAUCCAAUACACAAAGUGACUAAAUGAUGCUGAUCUUAUUCUGUAUCUGUUGGGAG